AUGCAUAUCUGUGGAUAUGUUCCGCCUUGGCUCUGUCAGAUUCUCGCUUGCAUAGGAGAUUUUUGGAACAGCAGUGCUAUUGAUGUGGAUCACAGUGAAACUCAAUCCCAGACAAGCAUCUCAUCCAUCGUCGUGUCAAACCAUCCUUCUGAUCCUCAAAGUAGUGAUGCCAUUCAGACUGAUCCUCUAGAGUUUGUUAAUCAUGGUCUUCUUCUGUGGAAACAAAUACGACAACAGAGGUCAACAGGCUGUGAAUGUUGA